GCUGUGUAACUUAACCUAACUUUUGUACUCAUUUUGGAUUUGGAUAAAAUUUUGUAAAUUACGAAAAAGAAAAAUUGACUCUCUGAAAAUGAACGGCGAAACUACUAUCGAUACAAACGAUUUCUUUUUAAGGGAAAUUCCCGAGGUGAAGAUAAGCAAUAAGCCUGUUGUAAGGAGUAAACCAGUAAAAGAGGAAUUGCAGGUCCUAACUUUAUCUGAUGUUUUACAAGAAAAAAUUAUGGAUACAUUACGAUACAUUUACGGCUCGGACUUUAAGCUCAACGAUAGUUCUAGUUAUAAGGAAACUAAAUCUAAUUUGUUGAAGAAGUAUUGGGUAGGACAAGGAUCUUUAAUUGUUAAGGGCGGCGUGGACUUUUCCCAGCAUAAAGAUAAAUCUACCGAGGAAGCCGAUCGUUUGAGGCAAUUUGGACUUUUACGACUCGAGAGUUAUGGUUUCCACAAAAACCAUUGCCUAGAAGCUUAUAACUAUUGUAAAGGUGACAUUGAUGACUCGAUAUACCUUCUGUUUCAAAAAUACUUUAACUGGAACACUCCGAUAAGGGAAAUUGAACAUGAACUGUCGGCAAAAGAACUUCAAGAACAAAGGCUGGACGAGAAAAGCUCCUUAGAAUCGAUAUACGAGAAAGCGUUCUCCUCGAAAACAGAUAAUGUAUGGAUUUUAACGUUAAAUUUAACCUACUUGGUCGAUAUCUUUCAUAACAAAGAAAAAAUUCAUAACAGACCCGUUAAAAAAGAUAAAAGAGAGAAAUGCAAAAAUAUCAUAAGGGGUCAUUGCAAAUUCGGCGAUAAAUGCAGGUUUUCCCACGAAGUAGAGACCAAAGAGGUUGACCAAAAUUCACAUUUAAACGAUUUCGUGUUCGAGCUAGAAAUUAGAUUUCCCACAAAUACACAAUACCCGUACGAACCGCCUAUAAUAUUUUUGAAAACUAACGCAGUUCUACCUCCUUUAGUUAACCUUCAUAUAUGCAAAAGGCUGUAUGAAGAAGCUAAAAUUCUAGCGGAAGACGGCAUACCGAGCGUUUACUCGAUAACAGAAUUAUUACAAAACGAAGAUGUGAUCGUUCAACAUUUAAAAGAAGAAAUCGAUUUCAUAUCGCCCCGACAGAAGCUAUUCGACGAGAAGAAGUACAUCGAGAAACCUCAAUACAAACCCAAGCAUUUCACCAAAGGAAACGUGGGGCGAUCGAAUAAAAAAGAAAUCAGUUCGGAGCAACUUAAGCGAGACGAUAAACGAAUUGUAGAGAGUUAUUCCGCCAAAUUAAAGGACGAGAAAUACAAGAAAAUGCUAAACGUGCGCAAAAAUCUACCAGCUUGGACUUUAAAGAAGCACAUUUUGAACGUCAUUAGUCAAUCGCCCGUUGUCGUUAUAAGCGGAGAAACGGGCUGUGGUAAAAGUACUCAAGUGCCCCAAUUCAUCUUAGAUGGGUGGAUAAAAAAUUACGAAAGCGACAACAAUCAUGUAGAGAUCGUUUGUACGCAACCUAGGAGAAUUUCUGCAAUAGGUGUAGCGGAAAGAGUGGCCGACGAGCGAGUAGAAAAAAUUGGAAACACCGUAGGUUAUCAAAUACGAUUAGAGAGUAAAAUGUCCUCGAACACUAGACUAUCCUUUUGUACUACCGGAAUACUAUUGAGACGAUUAGAAGGCGAACCGACUCUACCGAACGUCACUCACAUUAUAGUGGACGAAGUGCACGAACGCAGUGAAGAAAGCGAUUUCCUGCUGUUAAUCCUGAAAGAACUACUGCAAAUUCGCACCGAUUUAAAAGUGAUACUGAUGUCCGCUACCGUCAACGCGUCGUUGUUUUCCGAAUAUUUCGGCGAUAUACCGAUUGUUAAUAUACCGGGUAGAACGUUUCCAGUGGAACAGUAUUUCCUCGAAGACAUCAUGGAAACCGCGGGGUACGUCCUCGAGGAAGGCUCGGAGUAUUGCAGGAAAUUGAAACCGGACGAUGAUUACGUAGAAGUCAUGACCUCGGCCAGUGAUCUCGAUUCCGAAAACAACAAACCAAGGGACAAUGUUAGAGAUGAAAAUUUGAAGGCGUUGCAGAUUUUAGCGAGAUAUGGAAGUUACAGUUUGACAACCUGCAAAAAUAUUUAUUGCCACGAUCCGGACAAAAUCAAUUACGACCUGAUAGAAUCGGUGCUGGAAUGGAUCGUGUCAGGAGAUCACCGAUACCCAAUGGUCGGUACCAUUCUGAUUUUCUUGCCGGGUAUAGCCGAAAUUACAACUCUCUAUGAUCAAUUGAACGUUCACAAGGAAUUCGGAAGAAGGACCGGAAAAUACGUUUUACUCCCCCUACAUUCGUCGCUAACCAGCGAAGAACAAGCAGCUAUAUUUAAAAAACCGAAACCAGGCCAACGAAAGAUCGUCAUAUCAACGAACUUAGCCGAGACCUCCGUUACGAUAGACGAUUGCGUGUUCGUGAUCGAUUCGGGAAAAAUGAAAGAGAAACGGUUCGAUCCCAACAGGAACAUGGAGAGUCUCGAGACCACGUGGGUAACGAGAGCGAACGCUCUCCAGAGGAAAGGUCGAGCCGGUAGAGUGAUGAGCGGCGUUUGCAUCCACCUGUACACUAGCUACAGGUUUAAAUACAACAUACUGGCGGAGCCCAUACCGGAGAUUCACAGGAUACCACUCGAACAGUUGAUUUUGAACAUUAAGGUGCUGCAAAAUUUCGAAAACCGGGAUCUAGUUGAUGUUUUAGAAGCUUUCAUCGAACCGCCUACAAAGGAAAAUACCCUUACGGCUAUAAAAAGAUUAGAAAACGUCGGUGCAUUGGAUAAAGACGAUAAUCUAACGCCUCUGGGUCACCAUUUGGCUAUGCUGCCUGUUGAUGUGAGGAUAGGUAAAUUGAUUCUAUAUGGUGCAAUAUUCAGUUGCCUAGACGCAGCUUUAACAAUGGCAGCUUGCCUUAGCUCAAAAUCACCGUUCGUAUCUCCAUUUGGUAAAAGAGAAGAGGCUAAUAAGAAGAAACAAACUUUCGCCGUAGGUCUUAGUGACCACAUAACUACAUUAAAUGCAUACAAGAAAUUUUUAAGUCUCUACAAGAAGACAUCUGUGGGUGCUCGGAACUUCGCCAACGAAAACUUCCUUUCGUAUCGAACUUUAACCAGCAUAGCUGAUAUUAAAAAGCAGUUUCUGGAAUUGCUGGUGGAUAUUGGUUUCGUGCCGAUUAAUUUGAAUUCACGAAAGCGAUUAGGAUGGGACGAUGUGUUCGAAAUCACCGGAGCAGAGUUAAAUAAAAACGGAGAGAAUAUGCGUUUGCUGGCGGCUAUCUUAUGCGCAGCUUUGUAUCCUAAUGUGGUUAAAAUUUUAACGCCUUCCAAAUCGUUUACUAUGAGCGCUGCCGGAGCUGUUCCCAAAGAAAACGAAACCAAAGAUUUGAAAUUUACUACAGCUCAAGAAACGGUUUUUAUGCAUCCCAGUUCGGUGAAUUUCCCCUCGCGACACUUUCCCAGUCCCUAUUUGGUGUACCAAGAGAAAAUUCAGACCAGCAAAGUGUUUUUCAGGGAGUGCACGAUGGUUCCGGUGUUGCCUUUGAUACUAUUCUCUUCGUACGAUUUGAAUGUUAAUGUACAGGGUGGUAGCACUUUUAUCGUGUUGGAAGAUGGCUGGUUGGUGUUUCAAGUAGAGGAACAUGGAAUUGCGGAGAUGAUCAAGCUAAUCAGGGUGGAGUUUUUCAAUUUGUUGGAGGAGAAAAUUCGGGAUCCUCUUUUGAAUAUAGUACAUGACAAUAGGGGCGAGAAAAUCAUAUCGACCAUUUUAGGUUUGAUCAAUGUCUAGAACAACACUGCCAAAAUAAUGUACAUUAUUUAUUUUUGUAAAGGUUUUUGUACAGGAUAAAAAAUUGUUUUUAUUUUGUUUAUAAAUUUUAUCUAAUGUAGA